CCAUAAUGGGAUCCCAAAUCGAACCGCGACAACUGAACAAGCUUUGUCAGAAAUGCCAGCAAAUCUUUCCUGUGACGGGGCUCUGGCCUUGGGAACGACGAGAUCCUGACCAAGUCUUUUCAGGCGGAAAACAAUGGCACUUGCGCGAUCUCACUAUCGACGAACUCGACGAAUCUGCAACUACCGAUGGCUGUCACCUGUGCCGCGUAUUCCUCGACUCCUUGAUUCCCAUUCCCAAAUUAAUCAUUCUGACAAACUGUGACGGCUACACAUCUUGGAGGGAAGACGUCAAAACAAUCACAUUUUAUCUCAGAUUGGUCAACCGUGAUCACGACCCUGACAACUACAACUUUUCACUGGAUCACGAUGUAAAACCCUCUUAUGGGGGCUCGUCGAUUGACUUGAAACCUGUCACUCCGAAAGAUUCACCCUUUCAACCGUCUUGGGUAAUACGUUCCAAUCAUCUCCCAUAUGGCUACAAAAACAGCCCUUCUCCGGUGACAAUCUUUCAACCUUCAUCAACAACAAACUUUGAUCCGCUUGCUCUUGAACAAAUCAGGAGCUGGAUUCACGACUGCACCCAUAACCACGAGGCCUGCAGAGGAGCAUCGUUGGUUCAGAACAGUAUGGCCGAGUUCCUGGAAAAGGUGCGCUUUAUUGAUGUCGGGCUCGAUGACACGGCUACGGUCCGCUUGGUGGAGAGGAUCAAGGACACAAAUGUCAAAUACAUCACCCUCAGCUACAGAUGGACUGUAGAAACACCAAAAACGAAUCUGAAAACCCACAACAAGGACAAAUACCAUCAAUCGAUCCCUACCGAGAACUGGCCCCAGAUAUACAAGGAUGCCGUUGCUUUAUCUCGCACCCUCGGUAUCCGUUAUGUAUGGAUCGAUUCGCUUUGUAUCAUCCAGGACGAUGGGAAAGACUGGAACACUCAAGCUUCGUUGAUGCAUCGCAUUUACACCCACGGCUACCUCAACCUCGCCCAUGCAUGUGCCGAAUUCUCACCAGGCCUCGAGGUCACCCGGGACCCAAUCUCUGUAUCGCCCUGUGUUCUUUCCCGUACUCGUACUGCCAGCUCGAGCGAAUACUGGGCUUGUUUUGUGAACUACACUCCGUCAUCAGACCUUGCACGUGCUCCACUCUACUCGAGAGGAUGGUGCUACCAGGAGAGAUUUUUGGCUACGCGCACUGUUCACUUUAGCCAGCAGCUCUAUUGGGAGUGCAAAGCCGGACACGCUUCUGAAUCAUUCACAGGAGACAAGGGAUUGGCUUGGUCCAGGGGUUCGGCGAGCAGUAACCCAGACAUACUCACAUCUGUUGAUCAAGCCAACGACCAACGCUUUUCCACUGUCUUUGGUGUGAGCACGGUAUGGCAAACAAUAGUCCGUGACUAUAGCCAGACACAGCUCACGCAAUAUUCGGACAGGCUGGCCGCUUUGAGAGGUGUUUUCAACAGAUUCUGGGAAAUUCUUGAUGCAUCACAGGAGCGCGACUGGUGUGUAGCGGGGUUGUGGAAGAAAUAUCUGAUACGGCAGCUGAUAUGGUACCGUGUUUCGCAUCGUCACGGCCACUAUGACGAGUUUGAGAGGAUCCGGGACACCGCGUAUUACGCGUCAUUCGAAAAACAACUUGCUGGCUUCCCAUCGUGGUCUUGGGCUUCAUGUCCAACCUCCCCGGGCUCAUCCUCCAUUGCUUGGCCGGGUCAUACAGAACCAGAAUACCAAAAUGAACCUCUGGUGGAGAUUGAGACCAUCAUUCCACUCAACUCUCAAGCCCUUCACCUUGGCUAUCCUGGCUUCGAGUCCUCCGCACUGGUCUUGCGCACUGCGUUCGGCUUCUUCGGUUUUGACGCCGAACAGCUUCUCUCAAAAUGGGAGUCCUGGUUUUCGACGUGCAAAGCUGACGCCCGAGCGUAUAACGGUGACAAGUGCCAGUUUCAGGUAUUAAUAAACCUUGAUCGGCCAAUAAUAGGCGUUGUCGAGAAAGAAGAUCUACGGCUGCUCCCUAUCAGCAUGGAGUACCAAGCCGGACGGUGGGAUACCGUAUGGAUCGAGGGUAUUCUCCUAGAAGAAGUGGGUGUAGAGGACGAUUUACCGACCUUCCGCCGAAUGGGCCAGUGGUCGCAUAGGUACGACAUGGAUACUUGCACACAACAAAGCCCAAUUCCCGGAUUGCUGGGAUCUUUUGACACCAAGGAGCGUCUCGAGAUUGAACUAGGAGAGUUUAGAAAGAGGCGUGAAUUACUUCCCUUUCGCAGGUACAAGUUGGUAUAAUUAAGGUACAGUCACAUAUGGGACCUCGUCGACUUUGGCACAACCAGGACGGCCUUUUUUUUUGUAACGACAAACUUGGCCAGAGGGGCUAGGUCAAGCAAACUCAGUCAAAGUCAACGUAAGACUCGUGCUGAUAAGACAGUGUCACCGAUGAACAAGCUCAUCUGGUUGUAUGUUUUAAAUUUCAUGAUCUUGUUCUCUUUCGACAAGAAAAGUGUCAGAGAGGAUAGAAUAUCUAUCUAAUGCCUGAUGCUGUAUCUGGCAAUGCCUAUCCAGGUAACUGCCAAGUAUGCACCAGCCUAUCGAGGCGCGCAACAUCUCCCUGGAGUAUGAGAGACAGUCACCGCCUUGUCAACUGAUUUAUUGCUAGCUCUGUUCGUGCGC